GUCGCUGUCAAGGAUGCGCUGACAAGCCUUCUGGGUAGCCUGAACGGCCUGAACGGCACAGACAACGCGAGCACAGGCGUGCUAGGCGAAGUGUCCAUUUCUACCGAUGCCGGAGAUGGGAAGGUCGUGGUCUACAGCCCUGAACGCUUGGCAGAAUCUGGGGAGCCUGCAAAAGUCAGCGUGGACGACUCAGAAGCCACCGCCGAGGUCCCCGCCGGUGUGCUGCAGCAGGCCCAGGGCUUGGUAGGAGAUGGCCAUCUGAUGCUGAGCGUCGUGGUCAUGAAUGAGGAAAUGUCUGAGAAGUUCAGCACACCUCCUCCGAUCACACAAGAAGGCCCCGUGACGACCUUGCUGUCGGCGCCCUUGGUGAUCAACAUCCGCGACGAGAAUGGAACCGUCAUCGACAUAGGCCCGCUGAAAACUCCGAUGACGGUUCAGCUGGAGGUCAAGAAGCGGAGGUUGGACCAGGCGAGCAACAGUGCCGGCAGAAAAUGUGCCUAUUGGGAUGAGGAGCGAGCAGUUUGGGAGACGAAUCCGAAGGAAAUCGAAAGCAUCGAAGGCGAUGAGGCUAAGCCUGGCCUUGUGCGCUGCAGAACGAAACGGAUGGCCAUCUUUAGUGUCGUGCUGGAGGAGUUCGAAAACACCCUGAAGUGCAGCACGCUGGGACAGCUGCUGACCGCAGACGCGCUUGCGAGCCUUUCCAGGAGCCCCUCUCUUCAAGCUGACAGCUGA